CGUCUAGCAGGAAAUGUGUCACAGUUUCAAGUGAGAUAAAGUAUAGCAUAUUGUCGUCUUUCGGUUUAUGUAUUUUUGGAAGCGCAAAAACAAGAGCUUUCACCUUGAAACCGUGCAUAUGGUAUCCGGUCAUAGGCAGUUUUUAGACCGUCACAAAGCGUCUCGCUGAAAAACUUCCUGAAAGACGUCGACAAACAGUCGGUGCAGAAAUCGGACGCUCAAAACGAAAUCGAUAUGGAAACUUGAGUUUGUUCCAGGCACACACCAACCCUGACCCGAGACACAACGAUAUCGUUUCACCAAUUUAGGGGUAAGAUUGGAAGUUUUCAAGGGAUUCACUUUUGUUUGUCGCUUCUUUGUUAACGUGGGGACUUUCCAUUUUCAUGUUAAAGAGGGAACUCGACUGGUCCAUUAGAUCCGAGUGCGUGCACCGCGAGUCCACGUGAACUGGACCGAAUCAUCAGAUCGCGUCGCAAUCACCAUGGAAACGGUCAAGAUGACAGGAAGUCCGCUGCUGCAAUAUUUGGCAGCCGCUUCAGGCACUCUUGCAAUUGUCACCGAUGGCAUGCACUACGGGUGGCCCUCACCCUCCCUACCUCAGAUCGUGAACAAUUCAAACUCGACAAUUUCGAUAUCGAGCGACGCCGGCUCCUGGAUGGCUGUGAUGCCCCUCAUAGGGGCCGUAAUUGGGGCCGUGACCGCCGCCUCGAUCGUCGACUGUCUGGGCCGAAAGAAAACAAUCAUCGCCACUUGUGUUCCCUUCUUCCUGGCCUGGAUGUUGAUUGCGUUCGCCAAGAGUGCCAUUGAGCUUAACGUUGCCCGGUUUGUGGCCGGGGUGGCGGACGGGGUGACUUUCACCGUCGUCCCCAUGUACAUUGGGGAGAUAUCGGACAAGAAAGUCAGGGGAAUGUUGGGGUCUAGUUGCUCCGUAACUUGGAUUAUGGGGUUCCUUCUGAUCAACAUCAUCGGCUCCUAUCUGAGUAUCAGUUUAACAGCCAUCGUGUCCUCGUUGGUGCCGUUGCUGGCCUUCGUGACCUUCAUCUGGAUGCCGGAAAGCCCUUACUACUUACUCAUGAGGGGCAGGGAAGAGGAGGCCAAGGAAAGCUUGAGGAAGUUCAGGAAGGUGGACGACGUGGACGACGAAAUCAAUCGAAUCAAAGCAUCACUAAUCACGCAGAAAAAGGAGGGCAGCGGAAGGUUCUUCGAUUUGUUCACGGUGAAGAGCAACAGGAAGGCGGUUUUGAUAAUCGCCGGGCUAAGAGGGUUUCAGCAGUUCAGCGGCACCACAGCCAUCACGUUUUACGCUCAGGAAAUAUUCAAACACGCCGGCGACGACAUUUCACCACAUCACGCCUCGAUGAUCUACUUCUCCGUCCAGUUGUUGCUGACAAUCGUCUCUUCCAGCAUCGUUGAUAAAGCUGGAAGGAAGCCGUUGCUCAUUAUUUCGAUGGCAGGCUCGGCACUGGCCUUGUUCUUUGAAGGCGCCUACUUUUACGUUAAGACUGAAACGCAUCUCGACACUAGUUCCUUCGCAUUCCUUCCAGUCGUUGUACUCAUUGGCUUCACCAUAAUAUUCAGCUUGGGGAUGCAGUCUAUUCCGAUUUUAAUGUUGGGGGAGUUGUUCCCCACGAGCGUUAAGGCUUUCGCUUUGUGCCUGGCUGAUGUGUAUUUUAGCGUUGUAGCUACAAUCGCAUCUAAAUUCCUACAAAUUAUGAAAGACAACUACGGCAUGUACUGUGCCUUCUUCGGUUUUAGCGUGUGUUCUGUUAUUGGAUUAAUAUUUAUUGUUUUUUGUGUGCCCGAAACUAAAGGUAAAACCCUUGAGGAAAUUCAAGAUUAUCUCCGAGGUAAUGAAAAUAAAAAGGGCGAAGGUACAAAGUUGUAACUUACUUAUGUAAACGAAUAUUUAAUGUGCCUGAUUGUAACUUAAAGAAAGACUUUUAAUUGUAAUUUCUUUUAGGUUAAUUAAAGGAUAAUUUAUCACUCACUACAUUAAGACAUGAAAUAGAUAUGAGAGUAUGUAUUUUAUUUAUUAAAUUGUAUAUUUUAAAUUUAGGAAUAAAAUAUUUUAAAUUCAAA